AUGUCGCCGCGCGAUACUAGGUCGAAAGCCGCAGCAGCAGCAAAGGCGAAGGUCGGUGGGGGGAGCGCAAAGCCCCCCGUCAAGUCGACUCGCGGUAAGGCCAAAUCGGCAGCCAGUGCCCCUGGUCCAUCGGGCAGCAUACAAGAUGAAGCGACGGCGGCCCCCAACAUGAAGGAAGUGCUCAAACAGCAGUAUCCGCACCUCUCAAAGAAGAAGCUGAACGAGAUGCUUCACAACCUCAACACCGCCGCGGAGAAGGAUGGAGUUUCUGAGAAGGAUCGUCGACAAAUCGCCAAGGAAAAGGUGUCGGAUACAGAGAAGGAGUCAGAGGAUGAUGAAGGAGAGCUGGUUCCAUCGGCGAGCAAGGGCAAGAAGAAAGCGAACGUUCCAUCGCCGCCUAGGCCCAAGCCUCGCCCACGCAAGAGGAAGGCGACUGAGACCCCCGAGAAGGAGGCGAGCGAUGACGAGGCGGCGUGGAGCAGCCUGAGAAGAAGAAGGCAAGACCCAGCUGGCAACAUACGGUCCUGUUUUGACGCAUACCUCGCAGAGGUGUCGCCUGGACGCAAGAGUGUUGUCAUACCGGAGGUGGUCAUCCAGUCCUCGCCCCCGGUGUCGCGCUCGAAGGCGCCCAGGCAGGAGGAGGACCUGGCUGCAUCCCUUGGUACGAAAUCAGCCAAGCAGACGCAGGGCGUUGCGAAGCCUCCGGAGAAGAAGACUUUCCUGCGUCUGGAGGACAGUGACGAGGAGAAUGAGGACGAUGACGAGGAGGCAGGUGAGGGUGACGAGGUCGAGGUCGAGGACGAGGUCGAGGAAGGUUCUGGACAGGGCGCAGGUUCGCCAUCCAGAGCAGGAAAGGGUGCAGCAAGGCGUACUCGUCGCGUCAAGAUGGAGUCGAUGUCCCCCAUCCACGUCCCGGACGACUCUGACGACGAUGGCAGCGAGUACAAGGUGUCGAGUCACGACCGAGAGGAGGACAUUGACGAGCUUGAUGGCGACGUGGACAUGGAUGACGAGAUCGUCGUCAAGGUCAAGGACAAGCCUCAGCAGAAGAAGAAAGAGAAAGCGCAGAGCAAGGGCAAGCGCAAGGAGCCGUUGAAGAGCUUCCUGCACCACGCCCAGCAGGAGUUCCGCGUGUACCUCAGCUUGGAGAACGCGUGGCCUCGAGUCAUGAAGGACGGUCGUAUGGAGAAGACCGAGAAGCCCGUGGAGAUCAUGAAGAUGCUCAUGGAGAAGCACGAGAGGUACAAGACCGAAAGGUUCUUGACCGCGUACAACAGGGCGUGGGCAGAUGCAGUGACACAUGGGAGGAUGAUCCACUAUGUCGCGAAGGUGUCAUCUCAACUUCGUCAGGAAGUCAAGCAGAAGGCAAAGCGCGUCGUCGAGAAGAACUUCCUCGCGUUCAAGGUGCCGCAACACGGCUCUGACGGCAAGAAGCUCAGCAGUGCUGCUCACCUCGAGGCUCUCGUGAAGUUCUUGAAGCAGGACUUCGCAUUCCAUCACGGCAACUUGGAGAUGCCAGAUCCGAUGGUGGAUCCCUCGCUGUGGGUGGCCAACCUGGACGCUCCCUUCCACAACGAGGCUGUGGCUGAAGUCGCAGCUCGUCAGUGGUGGUCUGGAGCUCAUCGGGAGGCCAUGCGGCCUGAGAACCACGCGCGGUUCGACAUCAACAAGCAGCCCCUGUCGAGCAACAUGAUAGCUCUGGUCUGCUCCGCGAUCAUCGUUGCGCUGGAUGAGGCCGUCAAGGUGAACGUCACCGUCAGCUUCGACGAGAAGACAUACGCCACCGAGCACGAUCGUCUGAAGGUCAGCAUCGACAACCUGCGGCGCUGUGCGGACCCGAGUGACCCGUCAAAGUACGACGAGGGCUGUGCUCGGUUCUGCAAGUCUAUGGACGAGACGUUGGCGAGCACCAUACGGAGGCUUGCAGGGAUCUCGAGCACGAGCGUAGACGACGACGACGAGGCAGCUGAGCCUAGUACCGUCACCCGUGGCAUUCCUACGGCCGCAAUCUCGCGCAUCUCCAAGCUGUGGGCGCCGAAGAACACUGGCACGAAGGCUAGUGACGAGCCGGCGGCGGCAGCCUCGGCGAGCGGGUCAGGCCAGGCUAAAGAGCGUGAAGGGGAUGCAGAGGCCCCGUCGACCGCGUAG